AAAGACGCGUGGAGGUAGGCGUUGGCGUGGAGGAGUCAUGUGUUCAUGCGAAGUAUUUUUAUUGCCCUGGGUUUUGUUUGGAGCGUGGCCUUGCGGGCGUCCAUCAUGGCUUCCAAAACGGUCGAGAUUGCUAUUGGAGCUCUUGUAACAGCGAGUUCGAAAUGUGAAAUCAUUGGCGAAGUAGUGGAACAGAGCAUUAAGAUGAUUAACCAAACAAAUACCUAUCUGGAACAACUGGCUGCACUAUCGUCACCGUCAGUGAGCUCUUGUCAACUUAAUGAAAUUCCUGGGUACCUGCCGAUGUUACGAGGAUGCGUUGCCCGAAAGAUCAGUGACAACUUACUGCAUUGGAAGGAAAACAGGCGGGAGCUCUGCGCCGCGGCCGGCGACGUUGUGCGGAAGUGUUCGGCCGCCGACGCCGCCUACCGCGCGGGCGGGCCGGGUCUGCCCUCCGAUCCUUCCGACCCGUGCUGUCCGCGGCCGCACGUUCUCCUGGAGACCACCCUCGACUGCCGCGACGCCUUCGCUCAGCUGCAAUACUUGCUUCUCGUGGAGGAAGAUGAUUUUUCAAACUCAUCACAAGAGGAAGUGACAAAUAUUUUAGAAGACUUAAAAGAAGUUCAAGAUAUUUUGCAAGGUUGUCAAGAACGUCUGGAGGUCUGCCGACCGGUGCUGGACGCCGAGGCUGAUGACGUCACUCGUGGGUCGUCCCGGUGACAGCUGACAGAGCCGUCUCCGGGCUGACGACGGCUGCCGGUGACGGACACUGAGGAUGAUGACAGCUCAGAUGGGUCGUUUCGCUGACAAGCCACCGUGUCUGACGGUGGUACUGGGCGGAUCCAGAGGUCUCCGGCUGUGGAGGUGGUCAGAGCACUUCGUCUCGAAGACAUGAACUGCCUUGUCUUACGACAUGUGCGCUGGCAGCGAUUUUACUCCUGCCUUAUGAGUGACUUAAUAUAUCGUUUUGUUUGGGA